AAAGUCUGUCUUUGAUUAAUCUGUCAGACAUAACGAAGCGCCUUUCGACUCUCAUCUGUGUGUGUCUCUCGGAAAGUGAGAAAUGUUUCAACGCGAGGCAGCCGUCGCUCUCUCAGCCGUUCUCAUUGCCAUUUUGAGUAGCGUCCACGGCCAGCAGACCCAGACGCAGCAGCCGCAGUCUCAGGAGGCUGAGCAGACGCUGUGGCAGGCAUUCCCGCUAGAUGCCCCUCUGGCCACGCCACCACGUCUGGCCCCCGAUUACGUCAACGGGGUUCUGAGCCUCAAGGAAAGCCUUCUCAGGAAGUCGGACGGCAACCGAUACGCCAUGACGAGCCAGCCAGAGCAGGUGCAGAAACCGCAGCAGCAAGUACAGUUACAGGAGCCGGAGAAUAAUGUGGAUUAUUUCGGCGAGCUGAGGCCGUCGAGGCUUUCCUACCAAUCCCUAAAGAAACUCAUGGAGAUGCCCGCUGUGGUUGAGGCGAUUGCCCAGCAGGUGCCGUUCAUCACUCCGUCGGCCGCGGAGAACGAAAAUGUCAAGGAGUUCACGGAACAGCACAAUUUGGAGCUACCAUUCAUGGAGUUGUCCGCGCCACAGCCAGCUGCCGAGCCGGAGGAGUUUCGGCCCCAGAGGACGGCGCAGACAGGCGAUCAAGCGUCGCUGCUGCAGCAGCUCCAACAGUUUUUUGGGAUGCACCCAAAGAACCAGCCCGACACGAAUGGUGCCGCGUUGGCCUGCACCGAGGCUCCUGAUAUUUCGGAGGACACUGAGGAAUGUGCAACAGAGUCGCCCGAUGAAGGGGAAACAACAGAGGAGCCCAAGGAUGGGGAGAAGGUCAUUGUGGAUGUGAAACCUGCCAAGCCGGACAAGAAAAAGGACAAAGGGAAGGCCACCACAUCCACACCCAAACCCACAUCCAAGCCCAAGACAAAGACCACCAAGAAGCUAGCCUGCUGCACCAAGGCAUCGAAGAAAAUCAGCGGACUGCUUCCCAUCAGCAUCUCCCUGAACUUCCAGAACGAGCAGAGCCCAGAGACCAAGGAGCAUCAGGCGCAACAACAGCAACAACAGCAACCCCGCACCGGGCGACAUGUCUUCCGGCCCGAUCUUCAGAUGGAUGCCUUUACCAACCUGCUCCGAUAUCGCCGCGAAAGGGAGGGCGAGGCCUUCGGUCACAAUGAGCUUGAGUCCAGUGAUCUGCAGCUGCAGGCGCAGCAACGAAAGCCACGCGAGAACCCUGGCGGCCGCAAGAAGCGUCGAUUACUGGACAGGCAGCGCCUGCUGCAGGCCGAGGUCAAGCUCUGGCCCAUCAACAUAAGGAAUACGAUCGAUCGUGUCCACUGAGAGCAGAAUAUCCUCAUUGUUGUUCCCUUAAAUAUAUAUUUUUUUUAUUGAUUUCGAAUUA